AGGGUGCGACAGCUGCACCGAGUGGUUUCAUGGAGACUGUAUCGGAGUGUCAGAGCGAGCGUCGAAAUCGAUCAAAGUGUGGUACUGUCCAUCCUGCAGAGAAUUUGACCCAUCCUUGGAGAUUAAAUAUCGUCCAAAGAAGACGAAGGAGAAGGAAGAGAAAGAGAAAGAGUCGGAGGCUGAGAGGGAGGACAAACAUGACGGAGACGGGAGCUCCACCCCCCAGCCAAGGACUGACAGGAGGCGGGGCUCACAGAUAAAGCGCUCAGCCCGGAUGUGUGGCGAGUGUGAUGCCUGUCUGAGGACGGAGGACUGCGCUCAGUGCGACUUCUGCAAAGACAUGAAGAAGUUCGGCGGUCCGAACAAAAUCAGACAGAAGUGUCGGCUCAGACAGUGUGAGGUCCGAGCGCGGAAGAUGCUGCGUGUCAAAGGCGAGGAGAUUGCCCGUAGCAGCAGCAGGGGGCGUGCCCUCUCCAGGAAAGGGCCGGGGCACCAAACAGAGGAGGAAGAGGACGAGGAGGAGGAAGAUGGCGUGUUCAGCGAGAGCGAGCUGGAGCUGUAUGAGCAGUACAAAGCUGCUGGAUACAGAGACCUGAUGUGGCGCAGCGAUGAGGAGGAGGAGGAGGAGGAGGAGGAGGAGGACACUCAGUCGGACUCUCUGAGGAAGAAGGCGGUGAAAGUGAAACACGUCAAGAGACGAGAGAAGAAGCCUGAGAAGAAGACCUGUGCUCUGUCGCAGAAGUCUGCCCCUGCUCCCAAAGAAGAGGUGAAGCCUCGCCGCCACAAGGCAAAGCAACGUCAUAAGGAGCGCGUGCGGCACAGCGAGCGAGGAGGGGAGGGCGGGGCAAAGGAUGUGGGCGGAGCAUUGAGGCAAUGUCUGGGACCGGGAUGCGUCCAACCGGCAAGGGCCAACUCCAAAUACUGCUCCGAGGACUGUGGCAUGAAGCUCGCCGCCAAUCGCAUCUACGAGAUCCUCCCUCAGAGGAUCCAGCAGUGGCAGCAGAGUCCGUGCGUUGCUGAGGAGAUGGGGCGGAGACAGCUGGAGCGAAUCAGGAAGGAGCAGCAGGCGUCGAGACUCCGCCUCACGCUGAUGGAGAAACGUUUCCAUGAGCUCGAAGGCAUCAUCGCCAACGCCAAACAGCAACAGGUCCAACAAGACGAGGAGGUGACCGAAGGUGAAGGUGAUGACACAGAUCUUCAGAUCUUCUGUGUCUCCUGCAGUCACCCCGUUAACCCAAAGGUGGCGCUGAGACACAUGGAGAGAUGCUACGCCAAGUAUGAGAGUCAGACAUCGUUUGGCUCCAUGUACCCGACACGUAUAGAGGGGGCAACCCGUCUCUUCUGUGAUGUGUAUAACCCUCAGAGUAAGACGUACUGUAAGCGGCUGCAGGUUCUGUGUCCUGAACACUCCAGAGACCCAAAGGUCCCUGCAGACGAGGUGUGUGGCUGUCCUCUGGUCAAAGAUGUGUUCGAGCCGACCGGAGAGUUCUGUCGCGUCUCAAAGAGGAAGUGUAACAAACAUUACUGCUGGGAGAAACUCCGCCGCGCCGAGGUCGACCUCGAGAGAGUCCGAGUGUGGUAUAAGCUGGACGAGCUGUUUGAGCAGGAGAGGAAUCUGAGGACGGCGAUGACGAAUCGAGCCGGUUUAUUGGCUCUGAUGCUGCACCAGACCAUCCAACACGACCCGAUCACAACCGACCUGCGCUCUGCCAAGGACAGGUAGACAGACAGGUAGACAGACAGGUAGACAGACAGGUACACAAACAGGUAGACAGACAGGUAGUCAGACAGGUAGACAAACAGGUAGACAGACAGGUAGUCAGACAGGUAGACAGACAGACAGGUAGACAGACAGGUAGAGAGACGUGUAAAGUUCUUUGGAUGGAUUAAGGAAUAUUUCUAUUUUAAACAUACGUCUAAAUAUUUCACUCUGAGAGCUCAAACCGACCGAGUGCAUUGUGGGAAAUGGAGGAGGAACAUUGAAGGACGCCUCAUCUCAGAGCUCAUCCUCGUUUAUACUUCAGUGUUGAAGCUACGCCGUCGUGAGCACCACAUACUCGUCCUUUAGUUCUGUUUUAUACUGUUUAUUACACACUACAUUACCCACAACCCCUCUUGUUACUGUUGAUAUUUAUACUUACUGUUAAACACUACACUUACAAAAAAAACUGUGGUAUUGAAGAUGUUUUGAUACAUAGACAUGUUUUAUAUUUUAGAGACAUCAUGGCGUUUUGGAUCAAAUAUAAAUUUGUGAAACACAAUAAUUGAGUCUAAAGAACAACACGAAGAAACAAGAAAGUGAAAAGUCUGAGCAACAAAUGAGUAUUGUUUCACUUUGAAUGCUUCAUUUCAGGUUUAAAUCUACAUUUUGUGUGUUUUCGUUUGUUAAACUGAACAUGUGUCCGUCGUUCAGAUGACAAAAUAAAAACUCUACGAGCAGCUACAACUUUCAUAACUUCUCUUUUUAAUGCACUUACAUUUUUUUAUCCUGAAGUUUGUCCUGUUUUUUCUUUUCUUUUUGUAUCAUUGAUGUUUUAAUAUUUUAUGUUAUUUGAACAUGUUAUUGUUUUAUACCGACUGUUUGUGUCAUCUUUGUAUUCAAACCGAUGUUUCAUUAAAAACUGAAGCUGUUUUAUUAAACAUUUUAAACUCU